GUAAAUAUAAGGAAGUGUUAGAUCAUCAAAAUGUGAGUAAUAAUUUUGGUGUAUAAUUUGAGAUAUACUCCGUACAUUGCAAUAUACUCCGUAUCUGAACUACAAAAGAUGAUGGGCCUGAAGUGGCGGGAAAAGCCCUAAUCUAGACCCGGGAAACUGGAAUUGCCCGGAGCAGAAAAAUCAAGAACCGCAAAGUUGGGAAACAGAAGCGCGAUGGCUGGUUCCGGCGAAGACUUCGCCCAGUUCGACAUUUCCGUAGAGGAAAAGGACAAGCUGGUCGGAGAAGUGAUACGCUAUGUUUUGUUCAAGACGGAUCAGAGCUCCGGUUGUCCGAUCAAGAGGGAGGAAUUGACCCAACUGAUCACUGGGAAAAGCUAUCGGCAGAGGAAUCUCCCGGCUUUCAUCAUCAAUGAGGCCAGGGAUAAGCUCGAAGCCAUUUUCGGCUACGAAAUGAAGGAGCUCCAGCGCACCCGUGUCUCCGCAAACAAUCGCCAUUCCCAGCAAGUUUCUGGUGAGGCAAAAUCAUAUAUCCUCGUGAGUAAGUUACCCCCAAAAGCCUACAAGGAGUGUGUGGAGGAUAAGAACAAAUCACACUUUAACGGGUUUGCCUUUGUGGUGAUUAGUAUUAUCUAUCUUUCUGGAGGCAACAUAGCGGAGGAAGAUCUUUGGCGUCAUUUGAGACGGUUGGGUUUGAUGGAAACUGAUGAAAACCAUCCUGUUCUCGGUAACUUGAAAAUGACAUUGGAGUCACUUAUUCAGCAAAGAUAUUUGCACAAAGAGAAAGUCAAUGGCCCUGAGGGUAAUGCUAUACAUUAUGAGCUUGCUGAAAGAGCUCUAGAUGGGGAUAUUAAUAAUAGAAUGAAAGAGCAUAUAUCCAAGAUUGUGCAAAAGGAUAUCGUAUCUUUGGAUGAUGAUUAGAUGUUCGUGCUGGCCUGAACUGUAUUGUGUGUUUGGUAAGUGACCUAUGAAUCAUGUAAUGCAACAAAUACCAUGUUUUUUGUUUUUGUGUUUCUCUUAGACUCAUCAUGGAUUCAAAGUGAGUGAUUGCUGUACAUAU